AAAAAUUUAAAAUCAUUAUACAAAAUGGAAUCUGAACAACCUGAAAGUUAUAUUAAAGAUGAGAUAGUUUGGGCUAAAAUAAGAGGAUGUACGUGGUAUAAAUUAAUUUAGACCCUUGGUGGCCUGGAAUUGUAGCUGAAGUGAUAAAAGAUAAAUAGUCAUCAGAACCUACAAAAUACCUUGUAAAUUUCAUAGGAGAUAAUUCACAGUAUGAUUAACCUUUGAAUAGAAGUUCCACAUUACCUUUUUAAAGUCUUGCCAAAUAUUAGGAAAAGUAUGAUGAAAUAGUACCAAAAAUCAAAACAAAGAUACAUAAAGAUUCAGUCACUGCAGCAGAUUAAAUUUUGAAAGGACAGUCAACAUAUGAAAGUAUUUAAAUUCUGAUAAUAGUUGAAUCAAAAAAACUUUCUAAAAAAAAGAAUAAACGAAAGAGAACAAGGUCAUCCUCAAGCGAAGAACAUAGUGGUAUAUAUGGAUCAUCUAGAAAAUCAAAGAUGGAUUCAGAGGAUAUUACAAAACCGGACAAUUUUAGUUCUGAAAUUUAAGAAUUAUUAAAAUUGAUAAGUGAGACAAAAUUAAACCCCAUUUAAAUCGAAACAAAAAUAUCAAGUGUAUAAUAAAUAUUAUAAUCAUAGCUGAUGCAAAUUGUUGAUUUAGAUAGACCAGAUAUAAUGGAGAUUUUAUAAGGUCCAAAUGGAAAAUUGUUAAUGUAAAUACAGGCAAGAUUAACUGAUAAAAAGAUUCUUUCUCGAGCAUAAGGAGAUUUUACAUAACUACUUGAGAAAUUGAAAUCAAUUGUAUUAAGAACGGUAAUAGAGAAAUGAAAAACCUAGUUUUUUACAGUAUUUUGACCCAACCGAAAUCAUCCAGUAACUUCAUUAAGUCUCAGGUUAGAAGAAGAUCACUUAAAAAUUGUUGGAGAAGUUGUCAAAUUAACCAAACUUUAUUUUAGAUUGUAAUGUUAGAUACCAAUUUAAAAGCUGAAGAUGAUAGUGAGGAAUCUGAUUCAGAAGAGAGUGAUGGUGAGAGUGAAGAGGAAGAAUCUAGUGAAGUAUCAGUGAAGAAAGGAAAAUAUUAAAGAUAGGUUCCAAUAGCUAAACCAGUUAUUAGAAAAAAAUAUACAUAAACUCAAUCACCUAAAAAACCAAGAAAAUAAAGUUAAGAUGUUCCUAAUCCUUUAUAAAAAAACAGAGUAGUUUAGAAAAUAUCUGAGACUAUAUCUGAAUAUACAGAUUAAAGUAUUCCAAAAAGAAUAAGUGAAGAUAUAGAAAGUAGAAUUAGAUCAUGCGAUUCAAAUAUGGGAUUUGUAUAUAAGAAAAAAUAUCGUACAAUUCUCGAUAAUAUUAAAGUAUAAAUAUUUAUAGAUUUUAGAAAUCAUCAAAACUUGAACUUAUCAACUUAUUGGGAGGAAGUUCUAACUCAGAAUAGUUAUGGAGUAAAUAUAAUUUAUAUUUAGAUUAUCUGAAUGGUCACAUUCAAAGUAUGAAUUAAAGUGGAAACAAAUAAAAUGAUUAUGAAUAAUAAUAAUAUUGA